AUGAUAUCAUCAGCUGUAAUAGUGAUAUCAUCAGCUGUACCAGUGACAUCGUCAGCUGUAGUAGUGACAUCAUCAGCUGUACCAGUGGCAUCAUCAGCUGUAGUAACGAUAUCAUCAGAUGUAGUAGUAACAUCGUCAGCUGUAGUAGUGAUAUCAUCAGCUGUAAUAGUGACAUCAUCAGCUGUACCAGUGGCAUCGUCAGCUGUAGUAGUGAUAUCAUCAGCUGUAAUAGUGACAUCAUCAGCUGUACCAGUGGCAUCGUCAGCUGUAGUAGUGAUAUCAUCAGCUGUAAUAGUGACAUCAUCAGCUGUACCAGUGGCAUCGUCAGCUGUAGUAACGAUAGCAUCAGCUGUAAUAGUGAUAUCAUCAGCUGAAGCAGUGACAUCGUCAGCUGUAGUAGUGACAUUAUCGCCUGAAGCAGUGACAUCGUCAGCUGUAGUAGUGACAUCAUCAGCUGUAGCAGUGACAUCGUCAGCUGAAGCAGUGACAUCGUCAGCUGUAGUAGUGACAUCGUCAGCUGUAUCAGUGGCAUCGUCAGCUGUAGUAAUGAUAUCAUCAGCUGUACCAGUGGCAUCGUCAGCUGUAGUAGUGAUAUUAUCAUCUGUAGUAGUGAUAUCAUCAGCUGUAGCAGUGACAUCGUCAGCUGAAGCAGUGACAUCGUCAGCUGUAGUAGUGACAUCGUCAGCUGUAUCAGUGGCAUUGUCAGCUGUAGUAAUGAUAUCAUCAGCUGUACCAGUGGCAUCGUCAGCUGUAGUAGUGAUAUUAUCAUCUGUAGUAGUAACAUCGUCAGCUGUAGUAGUGAUAUCGUCAGCUUUACCAGUGGUAUCGUCAGCUGUAGUAGUGACAUCAUCACCUGUAGCAGUGACAUCGUCAGCUGUAGUAGUGACAUCAUCACCUGAAGCAGUGACAUCGUCAGCUGUAGUAAUGACAUCAUCAGCUGUACCAGUGGCAUCGUCAGCUGUAGUAAUGACAUCAUCAGCUGUACCAGUGGCAUCGUCAGCUGUAGUAAUGAUAUCAUCAGCUGUACCAGAAACAUCGUCAGCUGUAGUAGUGGCAUCAUCAGCUGUCCGAGUAAGAUGA